UCAAGCCUACACUUCCACUCCAUCCCUUUCUUCCUCCUCUCUUUCCUUCGGCAGCACAGCCAAGAAAAUAUCCUUCAAUUUCGAUUGGACGUCAUCUCAAACUCAACCUAUAUUUUCUCCUUUCUUCUCUUCCCUUUUAUCCUUAAUGAAACUCGUGUAGCUUAAGACAAAACUACCCACAAUUUUUUGUCUGGAAAAAGAUAUGGAUGUCUUAUGUUCUUCUUCAUUAGCAAUUCAUUUACAUUCACGUUCCAUAUUUCCUUCAUCACCUCCACGUUUCCCUUUUCGUUUCCAUCGAACUUUUUAUUACAACAAUUCAAUUUAUUCUUCUUCUUCAAGUUCUUGUUUUGGUCUCUCAAUCUCUCGUUGUAAUAACUUUGUUCAUCAUGUUAAACACCCUCAUUCUUUUAAAAGAAGAAAAGCCAUUCAAAUUUCUGCUGUUUUUGAGCGUUUUACAGAACGAGCAAUCAAAGCCGUGAUCUUGUCUCAAAGAGAAGCCAAAUCUCUUGGUAAAGACAUGGUUUUUACCCAACAUCUUUUGCUGGGUUUGAUUGGUGAAGAUCGUGACCCUAAUGGUUUUUUAGGGUCAGGUUUGAAAAUUGAGAAUGCUCGUGAUGCUGUUCGUAGCAUUUGGCAAAGUAGUAACCAUGGUGAGGAUUUGGGUAAUAAACAACAAGGGUCUAUUGUUUCUUCAACGGAUGUACCGUUUUCCAUAAGCACAAAACGGGUUUUUGAAGCUGCUGUGGAGUAUUCAAGGACUAUGGGUUAUAAUUUUAUUGCCCCUGAACAUAUUGCUAUUGGUUUAUUCACCGUUGAUGAUGGAAGUGCUAGUCGUGUCCUAAAAAGAUUGGGAGCAAAUAUAAAUCACUUGGCAGCUGAAGCAGUCACCAGAUUACAAGGGGAGCUUGCAAAAGAUGGUAGGGAACCUUCAUUAUCAUCAAAAAAGAUGAGUGAAAAAUCUUCAUCUGGUAAUGCUGCUGUUUUGAGGUCCCCUGACAAGACAAAAGGGAAAAGUGCUUUAGCUCAAUUCUGUAUCGAUCUUACAGCCCGUGCAAGUGAGGGACUUAUUGACCCUGUUAUUGGCAGAGAGACUGAAGUUCAAAGAAUUGUACAGAUACUUUGUCGCCGAACUAAGAAUAACCCGAUUCUUCUUGGUGAAAGUGGGGUUGGUAAAACAGCCAUUGCUGAAGGACUUGCGAUUAGUAUCGCACAAGCAGAAAUCCCAGCAUUUCUUUUGAAUAAAAAAAUAAUGUCCUUGGACAUAGGACUGCUCAUGGCCGGUGCGAAGGAGAGGGGAGAAUUAGAGGCACGUGUUACUGCUUUGCUAAGUGAGACAAAAAAAUCAGGUAAUAUCAUUCUUUUUAUCGAUGAAGUCCACACGCUUAUUGGAUCUGGUACGGUUGGCCGUGGAAACAAGGGAUCUGGUCUUGACAUUGCGAAUCUAUUGAAGCCUGCACUUGGUAGGGGUGAAUUACAGUGCAUCGCAUCAACAACUAUAGGGGAAUAUAGGACCCAAUUUGAAAAGGAUAAAGCAUUAGCACGAAGAUUUCAGCCAGUAUGGAUCAACGAGCCAAGUCAGGAGGAUGCAGUCGGGAUACUGCUUGGUCUACGCGAAAAAUACGAAUCUCAUCACCACUGCAGAUACACUCUAGAAGCAAUCAAUGCUGCUGUGUACCUAUCAGCAAGAUAUAUUCCUGACAGGUAUCUUCCUGAUAAAGCAAUUGACCUCAUUGAUGAAGCUGGUAGCCGAGCUCGUAUUGAAGCAUUUAGGAGGAAAAGAGAGCAAGAAACUGAUAUUCUCUCAAAAGCACCUAACGAUUAUUGGGAAGAAAUUAGAACUGUUCAAGCCAUGCAUGAAGUGGUCAUCGCCAGUAGGUUGAAAAACGAUGCUGGUGCUUCCGGUGUGGAUGAUUCCAGUGAACUCCUAGAAUCUGAAUCUCCUUUGCCUUCUACUUCAGAGAACGAUGAACCUAUAAUGGUGGGACCUGAAGAAAUUGCGGCAGUUGCUUCGAUUUGGUCAGGGAUACCAGUGCAGCAGCUCACUGCAGAUGAAAGAAUGCUUCUAAUUGGCCUUGAUGAGAUGCUUAAGAAAAGGGUUAUUGGUCAGGACGAAGCUGUUGCUGCCAUUUCUCGAGCUGUUAAGAGAUCCCGCGUUGGCCUAAAGGAUCUUGAUAGACCAAUUGCUGCAAUGAUCUUCUGUGGUCCAACCGGGGUCGGCAAAACCGAAUUAACAAAAGCCUUAGCAGCAUGCUAUUUUGGGUCGGAGGAUGCCAUGCUUCGAUUGGACAUGAGCGAAUACAUGGAGCGACAUACAGUGAGUAAAUUAAUAGGAUCACCCCCUGGUUAUGUCGGUUAUGAAGAGGGAGGUAUGCUUACGGAAGCUAUUAGAAGACGACCGUUCAUGUUGUUAUUGCUCGAUGAAAUAGAGAAAGCCCAUCCUGAUAUAUUCAACAUCCUUCUCCAACUGUUUGAAGAUGGUCACCUCACAGAUUCACAGGGUCGAAGAGUUUCUUUCAAGAAUGCAUUGGUAGUUAUGACGUCGAAUGUGGGUUCUUCUGCGAUUGCAAAGGGUAGACGUGGCUCCAUUGGUUUCUUGCUCGAGAAUGAUGAAUCUUCUUCGUAUGCUGGAAUGAAGGCUCUGGUAAUGGAGGAACUGAAAGCAUAUUUCCGUCCCGAGUUACUCAACAGGAUUGAUGAAGUAGUUGUCUUUCGAUCUCUCGAGAAACUUCAGAUGCUCGAGAUUGUAAACCUGAUGUUGCAAGAGGUUAAUGCUAGACUCGUGUCACUGGGAAUCGGUUUAGAGGUGUCUGAAUCAAUCAAGGACCUCAUUUGUCAGCAAGGCUACGACCAGACCUACGGUGCACGGCCCCUCAGGAGGGCGGUUACCGCAAUAGUCGAAGAUCCCCUAAGUGAAGCCCUCCUGGCUGGAAAUUACAGUCCCGGUGAAACAGCCGUUAUCGAUCUUGAUGCUUUAGGAAACCCCAUUGUUACAAGUCGAUCAGAUCGGAACAUCAGCUUGUCUGAUACAGCAUCCAUCUUCUAGUUGCUUAUUCCUAGUACUGUACAAUUCCCCGAAUCUAAUCCGAAAUUCGGGAAUUCAUGUAAUUAGGUUUCGAGUUUCAAUAUCUGCAACUCAUUUCUCUAUUCUCUGGUUACAAUAUAUUAUUUGAUGAUGUAAAUAAUGUAGGAAGAUUUUUUGGGCAGUUUAUGGUAUAUAUUUGUACACAAAUAAACCUUCAAGUUGUUAAACUAUACAUAUGGAGAAUAUAUUUCAUUUUCUCAUCA